AUGGCUAGUGAACCUUCGAGCGCCACUAUAGCCAAUGAACCUUCGACCAGCACUUCUGAAAUUCAAACAGAUACUUCUGAGCCUUCCCAACUCGAAUAUUUGCCAAAGAGUAAUCCUAAAAUUCCGAUUUCAAUCGUUCGUGUGUUGGGUUGCGAACACCUUUUCCACCGCCAAUGUCUUGAGAAUUAUAUCAUGCGAGCAGAAACAGAUCCUUUUACUCUUACAUGCCCUUCGUGUAAUCUAACCAUUGAGCUGACUAGAGAAGAAGCAGUACUCGCCUCUGGAAAAUAUCAUCUUCAGAAAAAACAAACUGACACUGGACAGGAUGAUGAGGAGCUCAUGGCUUCACUAGGAUUGGUAGAAGGUGACUCUCGUGCUGGUCAGGGGAGUCAGUCGAAGCAUGUCACUAUGCAGGAUCAGGCGACAAGCCCAAUCGUGAUUGAGGAUGAUGCUUCCGAAAAUAAUGAUGAUGAAAGGACGCCAGAUGCAUCAAACCGCUCCGCCAAUGUACAAGAUAAUCUGGAGAAUACACCUAAUGAAAAUAGCGGAAAUGAUUCCCAGGAUUCAGCUACAAAUGAUGGGAAUAAUAAUACUGCUCAAAAUCGGCCAUUGGGACGUUCGCCAAGGCAUUCAUCAAGACAAUCAGUUACCUCUGGAAAUAAUAACCGUGAGCACAAUAUCUUGCAGGGCUUAUUGCAAGAAUUAUCUACACCCGUUAGGGGGGAAUCUAUUGAGAAUAAUGAAGUGGAUGAGGAUGAUUCGGAAGCUUCAAUGCCAAAGACUUUAGCCCGCCUCUUCCAGAAAGCUUGUAGAGCAGAGACGCGUGCUACGAAAGCAAUCCAAGAAGAAAUUUCGUGUUGGUAUUACUAUGGGAAGGCGUAUGAAGAGAAGGUUGAGGAGAUUAAGAAUGCUCGGAGAGGAAUUAGUGAUCAAUCAGCAAGAAAUCAAGUGGCGAUUGAACAGCAUUUUGGUCACGUGACUACUGUGCCACUCGAACCUCAUGUAAUUAAUAAAGUAUAUUUUGAACAAACAGGACCAUCUAGGCACAGAAAGUUAUCAGUUACAUUGGCCGGUGCUGGUGUUGGUGGAUUAAUAGGUGGGGCUUUGGGUCAAGUUACAGACAAAUAUACAGGAAAUACAGGUAUUGCGACUGCAAUUACAGUUCCUGUCCAGAAGGGACCAGCCGAACAACCUACAAAUAACCAAAUUCCUCCUAAUAUCCCUCUCGAUACCUUUGUAAUCUUGAAUUCUACUACUGUUACUCCUGCAAGUGCUUCUAUUAUUACUCUUAGAAAUACAUUUAACAAUAAUGAUUAG